CCUCCUCGUGGGCUCCUCCAUCCUCCUCUCGCCUUCUUCGCCUUGACAGAGAGAGGGAGGCAGGAGGGCACCAUCAUGCCCAAGAAGAAGCCCAUGCCCAUCCAGCUCAACCCGGCCCCAGACGGAUCCGCCAUCAAUGGGACCAGCGCCGCCGAGACAAAUUUGGAAGCUCUGCAGAAAAAGUUGGAAGAAUUAGAACUGGAUGAGCAGCAGCGGAAACGUCUGGAGGCCUUUCUGACCCAGAAGCAAAAGGUUGGGGAGCUGAAAGAUGACGACUUUGAGAAAAUCUGUGAACUGGGCGCUGGGAAUGGCGGGGUGGUCUUCAAAGUCUCUCACAAGCCUUCGAGCCUCAUCAUGGCAAGGAAGUUGAUCCACCUGGAGAUCAAGCCGGCAAUUCGGAACCAGAUCAUCCGGGAGCUGCAAGUCUUGCACGAAUGCAAUUCUCCCUAUAUUGUGGGCUUCUAUGGAGCCUUUUACAGCGACGGCGAGAUCAGCAUUUGCAUGGAGCACAUGGAUGGAGGCUCCUUGGAUCAAGUCCUGAAAAAGGCUGGCAGAAUCCCGGAGAAGAUUCUCGGCAAAGUUAGCAUUGCUGUGAUAAAAGGCCUAACAUAUCUGAGAGAGAAGCAUAAGAUAAUGCACCGAGACGUGAAGCCAUCCAACAUUUUGGUAAACUCUAGAGGGGAGAUCAAGCUUUGCGAUUUUGGGGUCAGUGGGCAGCUGAUCGAUUCCAUGGCCAACUCCUUUGUGGGGACACGAUCCUACAUGUCCCCAGAGAGACUACAAGGAACGCACUAUUCAGUGCAGUCGGACAUUUGGAGCAUGGGGCUCUCCUUGGUGGAAAUGGCCAUUGGAAGGUACCCCAUUCCUCCACCGGAUUCGAAGGAGUUGGAGCUCAUGUUUGGGUGUCCCAUUGGGGGUGACUCCCCUGUCUCCGAAACGUCCCCCAGACAAAGGACACCAGGUCGGCCAAUGAGCGCCUAUGGUUCAGACAGCAGACCUCCAAUGGCCAUCUUUGAACUCCUAGACUAUAUUGUCAAUGAGCCACCUCCAAAGCUUCCCAGCGGAGUCUUCAGCCCAGAAUUCCAGGACUUUGUGAACAAGUGUUUGAUCAAGAAUCCGGCAGAGAGAGCUGAUCUCAAGCAGUUGAUGGUCCACACAUUCAUCAAGAGAUCGGAGGCCGAAGAGGUGGACUUUGCAGGCUGGCUGUGUUCCACCAUUGGCCUAAACCAGCCCAGUACCCCGACCCACGCUGGAGGUGUCUGACUCUCAAACCAGGGUAGAGAAUCCACCAAAUGCUGCCGCCGCAACCACUGCUGAGCAACCUUCAUUCCAAGGGGAGCUUGACUAAAGAGCCCCUCGCCCAGACCCACGAAAAACGAACUGGAAGCAGUGCUUGGUGGAUUGGCAUCCGCUUCCUCCUGUCCGGCUGUUUAAAGCAACGCAGUUUUGGUCCCAUCUUCUCAGAGCUUCUGUCCAUUGUGGCAGGGAGAAACCUGUCCUUUUUAAGGAAACCUCCCCCUCCCAAUCUCCCUACGUAGCAUGUGCCAAAUUCUUUUCUUUCUGUGUCCCCCUCCUUUCCCUCUCGGGGUCCCAAAUUAACAGUUGUUGUGUUUGAUGACUUGUUUGCUAACUGACCAAACGUGUGAUGCUUUAAGUGAACAAGCUGCCAAUUUUUGGAGUGAAAAGCUGAGCAUCUUUUCCUCCCCCGGCCGAAUGGGAAACCUCUCCUCCCCUUCCUAAGUGGUUGUUGACGGUGAGCCUUUUUGUGACUUUAGUGGCCCUUUUUGCAGUCUUGCUUAUCCAGUCUCUCAGGUGAAAGUUAGGGAUGCCUCUCCCAGGUAUGUAUUAGCUGCUACAAGGCUGAGGUGGAAGUCGCAGUAACUCUUCUGAUCUUUGUGUAAGGACUUUUCGAUGAGCGUGGGCAGCGAUGGCGUCCUGGAUGGACCCUCUGCUUCCCGUCGCGUCAAAUUACAGAAAUUGGUUGGCACUUCUAUUUAUUUUAACAAGAGUCUCGUUGGAGAAGUGACCCGUCCCUCUCCCCAGUCAACCCGAAUUAUGUGCAUUUUGAGAAUGGGUCGUAAGAAGACUAAAAGCCUUUCGGCCAGAAUGAAACGCCUUUCUUUUUAUUUAAAAGAAUGCACCAGAAUUCUUCUAAGAUCAGCUGAAGUUUGUCUAUGAAGAAAAGAAGUCUGCAUACUGUUACAAGUGUUUGAAAAAUCCUUUUAAUCAUUUUAUUCUGUCAGAUGUUCAGCCAUUUCAUCCUACACUAAUAAAUAUGUCGUGGUGUUA